CAACUCUAAUCCCCCCAGACAGCCCCGAGCGCGCGGACGGACACGCGCACUGGUCUUAUCUGUGCACGAGCACGCCGCGGGAGCGCGCAGAGCUCAUCAUGUCCUCCAGGUGGAUUUCCCUGUAGUCUCUCCCCACAAACAGACGUGAUCAAAACAUCUCAAUCUUCAUCUUCAACCUUCAUCGUCAUCAUCAUCUCCUCUGCUGUGCGCGCGCCCGUGUGUGUAUGAUGCGCGUGUUGUCGUUGUGGACGGUGGCGUGUGUUUUCUAUGCUGGAGUGAGAUGUGUCCCUCUGGCAGAUGAGAAGAGCACUGGCUGUGGUUCCGAUGACGUCAGUAUUGCUAACGGAGCGGCGGUCGGCUGCGACCGACAAAAGACCGAUGAUGAUCUGAACGCUCAGGAGAGACACGAGGGUUUACUGAAAGAGCUGCAGGAGCUGGCCGAACACGAGAAAGACAGAGAGCGUGAAUACGCCCGCGAGAGAGACGACUACGAGCUCAACGACACCUGGGAGGAGGACGAGGACGACAAGGAGGAUGAAGAUGAAGAUGAGGGAGCGGUGAAGGAGCAGAAUGAGCGAGACCUGGACGAGCUGCUGCAGGAGGAGAUCCAGAAGACGGAGAUCCAGAGGAGACAAGACGAGGAGCUGGAGGAGCUGCUGAAGGAGCUGAAGAAGAAACAACAGGAGAAGAAACUCAGGAGAGACCAGGAGGAGGAGGAGGAGAAGAGGAAGAACGAGCUGGAGCUGAUGGUGGAGAAGGAGAAGGUGGAGAAGGAGCUGAAUGAGCUGCUGGAGGAGCAGAAGAACGACACCAAGAGCUGGAACAAAGAGAAGGAGAAGGAGGAGAAACAGGAGGAGCUGCAGGAGCUGAUGAGGAAGAUGGAGCGCGUGCAGGAGGAGGAGGAGAAGGAGCCGCAGCGCAAGCGGGAGAUGGAGAACGCCAGCGACGAGGCCACGCGACAGUUCGAGAGAGAGAGAGACGGGGAGGAGCAGGAGGAGGAGAAGGAGGAGGACAGACAGCAUGAUGAAGAGGAGGAGGAGGAGGAGGAUGAAGAUGAGGAGCUGCUGGAGAUUGAAGCUGAACUGAGGAAAGUGGCGGCACAACUACAUGAACUACGCAGGGGUUAAACACACACACACAUACAUGCUGAAAUAACACAUCAUUUAGUCCAUUUAUGAAGAAAUAUAUUCAUAAGCUCAUAGAGGUGGUUCAUUCAUCAGGCUUCACUAUUCUACUGCAGAUGUUCAUAAAUAUAAUUCUCAUAAAACUCAACACCGAACACACAAACACUCAUAAACACACAGCGCUGGUAAAGCCAUAGACACAUGUUUAGUGCUCAGACACACAAGCCACGCCCCCUAAUCACCACUCCGUGAAUAUUCAUAUUCAAUAUCUCCGCCUCCUCAUUUGAAUAUUUAACAUUCAUAUCUAUAUUGUAAUGCAAUACUUCAGUGAGUGGUACUAAUAUAAUAAGACAAAUGUGCACAUAUGAAGUAAUAAUGUGAUUCGUGCUCUUGACUGUUACUGUAUAUCUCAAUCAUUCUGCUGUGUGAACAUGGCUGAACACUGUUACCACACUCAGACUGUUCUGGGGUCAGAACGCCGGCCGCUUUCUGCCGAUCACGUCACGUUCAGGAAAUCACAGCGAUCAGGGUGUGUUUGAUUCAUACGAAGAGCUGCAGAGAACAAUCGUGUGUGUGUGUGUGUGUGUGUGUGUGUGUGUGUGUGUGUUGGACAGGAGACGCCGGCGUUCUUUCCCUACAUGUUGCACUUUCCUAAAAGCAGCCAAUGAGAGCAGGUCUGGUCACAGACUCCGCCCACACACAUUGUUGUCAUUGAGUUUGAAUUGAUUUGAAAGAAAAACCAGCAAUAAGCGCCAGAGGAGCUGAUCAAAUACAUGAGCGUCAACCGCAGAAUUAAUUUCAUAUUUAUUAUGAAUGUAAUGCAGAUUAGCAGAACAUGUUCCAGAGGAGAGAAUAGUUCUGUGUGUCUUUGGUUUAAUAAAGAGCUGUUGACUGAA